AUGUCUCCGUUGUCUAAUGUAGAGCCAGCCAUCGAUGUUGUCUAUCAAGUCUUGAAAGACGCACGGAGCAUUCCCACUCCGCCGAAUGUCGUUCCCAUAUGGACAACAAUCCCAGCGGAUAUCCUGACACCAACUUCCGCAUACCUCAAGCUUUCUUCAAAAUGUGUAUCGGAGUAUUCCUUUUUAUUCGAGAGCGCCGCGACAUCAGAAACCCUUGGGAGAUAUAGCUUUGUUGGUGCAGAUCCUCACAGCAUUCUUCAAACCGGCCCUGGUUAUGGGACUGCUGGCGACCCGUUGCCCGCUCUUGAGUCAAAGCUUGCUAGCUUUCGCGAAGCAAUCGUACCCGGGGCGACGUUGCCUCCAAUGCUGGGCGGGGCAAUUGGAUAUGUUGGGUAUGAUUGCGUUCGCUAUUUUGAACCGAAAACUGCGAGGAAGAUGAAAGAUGUUCUACAAAUACCCGAGUCUUUAUUCAUGCUUUACAAUACGAUCAUAGCUUUUGAUCAUUUCUACCAAGUCAUCAAAGUCAUCACAUACAUCGAAAUCCCAGAGUUACCAAUUGACAAAGCUACACUGCUUUCAGCCUACGAGCAUGCAAAGCAGAAACUUGAAAUCUACAUAGAAAUUCUUCAAUCACCUGAGACGCCACUUCCACACCAACCGCCCAUUACACCCAACAAUACCUACACUUCAAACAUCGGUCAAUCUGGCUAUGAAGCGCAUGUCGGAACAUUGAAAGGGGAAAUUAAGAAGGGAAGCAUAAUACAGGCGGUUCCGUCCCACCGCAUCUCGCGCCCGACAGACCUCCACCCUUUCAACAUAUAUCGCCAGCUUCGCAUGACGAACCCAUCUCCAUACUUAUUCUAUAUUCAAUGCAACGGCUUUCAGCUCGUUGGCGCGUCUCCAGAAUUACUCAUCAAGCGCGAGCCUAAUACCGGCCGGAUCAUAACUCACCCCAUUGCGGGCACUGUAACACGAGGCGCAAACCCUGCCGAGGACAUAAAGCUUGCGAAUGAGCUUCGAGCAAGUGUUAAAGACAGGGCGGAGCAUGUAAUGCUUGUUGAUCUUGCGCGGAACGAUAUAAAUCGUGUCUGCGAACCAACGUCCACAAGAACUGAUCGCCUAAUGGUUGUGGAACAGUUCAGUCAUGUACAGCAUCUGGUCUCUCAAGUCAGCGGCAUAUUACGGCCGGAUAAAACCAGAUUUGACGCUUUUCGCUCGAUCUUCCCUGCCGGGACAGUGAGUGGAGCACCAAAGGUGCGGGCGAUGGAAUUGAUUGCAGAGCUGGAAAAGGAAAAACGGGGUGUUUAUGCUGGGGCUGUGGGCUAUUUCGGGUAUAACAAAGUUUGCGUACGAACAAAUGAGCAGGGGAACGGGGAGACUGAAGAGAUCGAGGGGGCAAUGGAUACGUGCAUAGCUUUGCGGACGAUGCUAGUGAAGGAUGGUGUGGCGUAUUUGCAGGCCGGAGGCGGAAUCGUUUGGGAUAGUGUUCCUGACGAGGAAUGGAUGGAAACCAUGAAUAAACUCGCUGCUAACAUCAGAUGCAUUGGCAAUGCGGAGAGCAAGUAUUCUUCACAAAGCCAGGAGCGCAUCCCAAAGAUGGGAGAGGCAAACAAUGUGGCUGAUCAUGGGAAUCAGAACGGACAUGCCCAUAUAGACCUAGUUGCCGGCUGA